UAGGUCAGCUGGUGGUGGUAGUGGUCGCAUUGUUAUUGUGCAAGUUGCUUGGCGUAUUGUCCCUCUUCUUUGUCAUAAACCACUUUUCAUUUGUCCCCUUUUCUCUUUAACUUUCUUGUCAAAAUGGACUUGACACCAACCGAACUCCACUACUUUAAGCGCGAGCUUAUUAGGCUAGAGCUACUCCGAGAACUCGACCAGCUUCGACGUAACCCAGAGAUUACAACCCUGCUCGCUCGAAAUGUUGACCCAGCCAAGGAUACGUACCCAUUCCUGCGAUACAUUGCACAAGAAUUUGUUAUCGAGUUUCCGUUAUUGAAGCGUGGCGACAAGCCUGAAUUCUGGGAGAAAUGUCAACUGUUCCUGGACGAGUUUUCCAAAGUCAAGCUCGACACGUACUCGCCACGGCGGACGGGGGCUUCGCAACGACGCGUACUCAUGUACAAGGCCGAAAAGCUGUUAACAGUGGCCAUGUGUGCGACCGUGAAAACGAAUCAAGGACAAGACCAGCCGUUAGAUGUACGCGACAAGGAGCAGAGCAAGAAACAAAACAAGGAUGAAGAAGAGAAUCUGGCCGAGUCGCUGGAUAAGAACAUGACGCUGUUGGAGAACGAGGACCACUAUUUGGAAUGGAUGGGAUUCAAUGGCCUGCAAAUUGAUGUGGUCACUGUGCGUGAAGUGAGCGAGAAACGGACCCUGCGCGAGAAAUUACACGCAGAAUUUGUCCUUUCUACGACGAUUGCUGGGGAAGGGGACAAGCAGUAUUUCGUUACUCGACGACACGGUGAUUUCCGCCAGCUGCAGCAAGACCUCAAAUCCGAGUUCCCGUUGGAAAGCGUCCCUAACGUACCGAAAAAGGCGAGCGACCCGUCGUAUGAACGUGCUGGUACGGGUGAAGACGGUGAAGACGACGGACAAGAGGAUAAGAGCAGUAGCGCUAGUGGCAGCAGUGGCAACAAGAAAAAGGCAGAAAAGACGGGGUCCUCGUCGUCCCUUCUGGGAUCAUCCCUGUCGUCUCAUUUCCAUCGUCGCCGUUCACACUCGAACGCAGGAUCCGACAAAGACAAUAACAACGGUCAGCUCUACCGCGAAAAAGAUCGACUGCUGCUCCGAUCAUUCCUGCACAGAGUCGCCACGGACUCGGAGCUGGCUAAAAGCGAGACCUUCCGCAAGUUCCUAACUCGAGAUCCAAUCACGCUGACGCCAGAACAAAUGGCUGAUGCUGAACGACGCCACCAGGUUGACCUAGCGCGUGCUGCUGAAGAGGCGAGGUUUAAGGAAGAAGUGGAUCGCAAGAUGAGCGAGCUCAAUGACCUGUUGGAUAUGCUCAAAAAGCAGAUCAUGCAGCCCGGUGGAUUGAAGGAGGUGUUUCAGAUUAUCAAAACAACCGCGCGUAUCGAGGAUCUUCCGGAGCCUAUGCGCAAAGCUUUUGAAUGGGGUCGUAUCAACUUUGCAUUUGUGCUUCAUACACAGUUCGUCUCUUCGGACAGGGCGGCAGAGAAUAUUGCCAACUUGAAACGCACGCAUAUGUUGAUGCCCUAUCGUGCCGUAGCACAAAUAUUGAAAUUGUCCAACCCGUUUACUAUGGUCAAGGGCGUACUGGACCUUUUCCUUGCCCAACCAUUGGGCCGCCGUAGUCUGCUCCAGCGUAUCAUCGUCUCGACAAUGCAGGACGGCGACAAGGAAGCACAGCAGGAUAUCAGCGACCUCGAGGCUGCGAUCAACGAUCCUAUUCUCAUUGGCAAGGUCAAGAAUGCUGUGGCCACAUCGAUGCCCGAAGAAGAGCAAACACAGCGCGUAUACAACCGACGUGCUGAUCCGACCGAGGAAACGCUCGCCAUGCUUAGGAACCCUGAUAUUGAGCCAUCGCUAACACCGAAGCAGAUUUUGAACCUGCAAUCCUCGUCAGAACUAGUGAACCAGGUACAUCGUCUCUGGACCCUUUAUGCACGCCAACGUGAGCACAAGCUGUUGGGCGACCUCAUGUUCCAAGGCACGACGGGUGAACUGUUGCGCGAGAUCUUUGCCAUGUUCUAUACACCGUUGGCCCAAGUCUACCGCUCUGCCAACAUUGGCGAUUCGCUGCAGCAUUUGUCAGCCUUUAUUGACGAUUUGGUGGGCGUUAUCAACUCGGUGAAUGUGCUUGACGCACGAAACACGGCACAGCCAUUUGUGCAGCUGGUACAGCGUCACGAGCAGCAGUUCUAUACGUUUGUGCAUAAUGUCCAUGCCAACGAUACAUCGCACCUGUUUGACGAACUGCUUUCCUAUGUCGACAACAUGUUCAGUCUGAUUGCAAACGGAUUGCCGAAUCGUAUAGAUCUAGACAAGGCCGCGGCCGAGGCACAGGCGGACACGCAGUUGUUGCGCAAGGAUGCGGAUGCACUGUGCGAGUACCAUUGGAAGCGAAAGGAGCAACACAUGAAGCGGACACGGCAGAAGCUCAUGAUGGAGCAAGACGACUUUGACAGUAGCGACGAGGCAAAGGCAUUGGACUUUUUGCCCAACAGCGCAGAAAUGCUGCGUAUCAUUGAUGACCUGGCCGAGUUCGAUCCUGAAGAACACGAUGCAGAGGAUAGCGACGAGGCACUGGAGCACGAGAUGCUGAUUGCGCCUCCGGAGCUGCAGGCGCUUCCCAAGGUGGUUCCAGUGUUCGUGCGUCAUGUUGCUCAAGUGAUGCCGUCCAAGAAUGCGUGAUGAAAAAAUAGAGAACUAUUAAAGUUUUGCUCGAUCUGCUGUUCAUAUGAUCAAAUGAUGCUGUGACAAUAAAAAAGUAUG